AUCGUUCCGGAAACGGUACGCUGCACAUCGAUCGAGUGCAUCUACCAUAUAAAAAGCGAUCGGUUCUAAUGGCAAAGGUGGCAUUUCACUGACAGACAGAGAGUAGUGGCCAUUACUCCGCACAUCGUAGUAUCGAUUACCGAUGCCACCAUCAACCGUACGGUCGUGUGUGCUUGUGCUGCUCACCGUCAGCCUGCUGACGGUGGUGUGCGUAUCCGGUUCGCUAGUGCACGAGCUUACCUUGGAGGCAGGUGAUCUGGUUCGAACCUGUCUACGUCGUGCUGCCGUAUCCCGGUGGGACUGUGUCAAGAACGAAAGCCUAAUCGCGGUACAUCAGCUCUCGGAUGCACCAAGAAUUGUCCUGCUUGAUGGUGUCCAUCUUGUGCGUAGCACUGGCACAGAGCAAGAGAGCAGCAAUAGCGAUGCAUCAACGUCACCACCUUCAGCGAACGAUGUCGACCGGAAGCAAGAUGGCGCCGCGGUGAGCACGUGGAGCGACUCCGUACUGGGCGCACUGAAACGGCUGUUAGACACUCACGUACUGGAGAUUGAUUUAUCGCUCCCGAAUGCUGGAGGCACGGAAGAUGAACAGCGUAACGCCAGAACGGUGUUGGCCGUACGCUUUGGAGAGCAACAUCCACCACCAUUGACGGUACCGUCCGUGAGCGAAGGACGCCAUCGACGCCGCCAGCAGAUGAUACCGAUGAUGAUAUUCGGUGUGACGGUGUUCGGCAUGUUUAUCAUCCCGAUCGCCUUCCAGUUCCUAACCGCACUCAGCGGCAAAGCGUUCCUGAUGGCAAAGUUGGCCCUGCUGCUCGCCUCCAUUAACGGCCUCAAACGGGUGGCAUCUGCUGGAGUGCACUAUGGGCUGUACCAUACCGUCGAUCACUAUCCCGUACCGGCGCACCAUCCACCGCCACCGUUCCAUCAGCAUCCGCAUGCCGGUCCGCUGCUGUACGAUCGGGCAGAACCGCUGUACGCUGAUGGGCCACGCCGCAGUGACACUACGUUGGCGCCAUUUUUUAGCCGUCUAGCAAGUAGUUUACCCUUCUAACCGGACAUCAGUAA